GCCUUAAGGCCUGCUUGUGCUAUCGCUUCCUUGCUCCUUGUGCUGUUGUUACUGGCAUGCAAACUCAACUUGGCUUCAGCCUCCUCAGGAGGCGUGAUGGGAGGGAAUUUCUUUGAUUCUGAUUCUUCAUCCUCUUCAGAAUCAUCCACGAUUGAUUCAGAGCCCCUGCAUCGGCGUGAAGAAGAAGCUCAUUCUUCUCCUGCUGAUGCUGAUGGGCUUGGUUGGGGAACACACGGUGGAGUACUUAUGUUUCUGAUCUUCAUAUUUGGUGUGUUUUUUGUUGGAUUUUGUAAAGACACCGAUGCAAAUACUAUUACUCUCUGCAAGCUUCAGGUUGCGAUGUUUGGCGGGAGUAAAGGAAGCUCGAUACAAAGGGAUCUAACUAGGAUUGCAAAAGCUGCAGAUACUUCCUCUAGGGAAGGUGUGAGCCAUCUAUUGACAGGUAGUAUCAGGAAGAGAGGAAUUGCUUGUGAUAAUUAUCUAAUCAUCAUGUAGGUCUUCUGAGAUAUUUCUUUAUGGUUUUGCUGAAUUAUGUGAACAUCAGUAUUAUUAUGUGUUUUCGUCAAUUGGUCUGGAUUAGAUAGAUGGUAAGAAAUGUACAAAUGUGAGGUGAUGUCUAUGUGUGGGAGUGUUGGA